AUGGCGCAACAGCUAUCCAUUGAAAAGAAGAAAUUUCACCUUUGUGCUAACGCAAUCAGAAGUUGUCUGCCAGUAUGGGAUGCUGUAGUGUGUUGGCCCAGAGCUGCAGUGGGUGAGACGGUCCACUUGCACUGUCCUGCUGUUUUCUCUCUCAUCAAGAACAACACAGGUAUAGUGAGUCGUAACUGCACGGCUGGCGGCUGGUCACAUCCGUUCCCUCCUUACCACGAGGCCUGCAUUGUUGAGGAUGAAAUCCCCGAGGAGUCAUAUUUUGCCACUGUGAAACUGAUCUACACUGUUGGUUAUGGAGCGUCACUGCUGUCGCUCUCUGUUGCCGUGGUAAUACUGCUGCUCUUCAGGCGAUUACACUGCGCUCGAAACUACAUCCACAUGCAGCUGUUUUUCACCUUUAUCCUGAAAUCGGUGGCUGUGUUUGUCAAAGAUGCUACGCUGUUCUCCAGUGACGACACGGAUCACUGCACACUCUCCACAGCAGCCUGUAAGGUGUCGGUGGUGUUUUGUCAUUAUUGCGUCAUGACUAAUUUCUUCUGGUUGCUGGUUGAAGCCAUGUAUCUGAACUCUCUGCUGGUCUCGGACUUCCCGCGCAUCCGCCGCUGUCUCUGGAGUUUCGCUCUGCUGGGCUGGGGCUUUCCACUGGUCUGCAUCGUCCUCUGGAUCUGCUCCAGACUGUAUUUUGAGGACACAGAGUGCUGGGACAUAAAUGAAGACUCUCCUUAUUGGUGGAUCAUCAAGGGUCCCAUUGUAGUUUCCAUAGGGGUGAACUUCCUUCUCUUCAUGAACAUUAUCAGGAUUCUGGUGCAGAAACUGAACCCCCGCUUGAUCCAAUUCAACAAUUCAGCUCAGUACAGGCGACUGACCAAGUCCACCCUCCUCCUCAUCCCUCUCUUCGGCACUCAUUACAUGGUCUACAACUUCCUCCCAGAAUACUUCAACGUGAGCCUGCGGCUUUGCAUCGAGCUGUGUCUGGGCUCCUUCCAGGGCCUCAUUGUGGCAGUUCUCUACUGUUUCCUGAACCAGGAGGUUCAGAAAGAAAUACACUUACGUUGGAUGCGAUAUCAAGAGGGGAGUUACGUUGUCGUCCCUGUUGGAGCCAAAGGAAGUCAGAUGGACACUCCAUUCUAGAGUCAUUAAAACUCACCGGUGCCUCUAAUAUACAGACCUCGACACCUCCAGAAAACAUGAACAUCUGAAUACAACAGUUUUAUUAAAUGCAGAUUGUAUUGCUCAGUUGAUAUGACAACAAAUGGCUUAAAUAGCCAGAAUAUACAGUAUUUAGGCUGCAGUAUAUCUGUGAAUUAAACACAUUAGCUCAUUAGAGAGCAUGGUAAAAAAAAAUGUAUUUAAAAAAAUGUGAAUACUGGAAUUCAUCAUAGCAAAACUGCUGCUUUUGGGGGAUUCUGGGUGGGUUUAAUCAAAGUAUGUACAUAUAAAAGCCUAUAAAAAUAUACUUCUGUUGCCCUUCAAAUUCAGAUAUUAUAAUAUCUAUUACUUUGGGGGAAAUGUUAAACUCUAAAAUUGUACACAAUAAAAGGCAGUAUGGUGGUUUUGAAUGUGUACAUAUUUAUCUGUAUGUAUGUAUGUAUGUACAUGUUUACAGUAUUAACAUUUGUAAAGAGAAAUAUAAAGAUUAAUUGGUAAAUUCAUGGAUUUCUGCGCGAGAUAGGCCUACGGGUAACCAGCCAAGUUGUUAUGUUUUAUAUGUUGUAAUUCUGUAGAAUUUGUUCAACUACAAUUUCUAUUGGCAAAAACAGUGGUUUGAUAUUUCCUUAUCAUUUCAAAAGUUGUUUUGUGUUUAUAACUGUAUUUAUAUUUAGCUGAAAUGCCUGUAAUAGGCUGUUUAAUGUCAAGUUCCCAUAGAGUGACAACACGUCCUGCAAUUUGCUCAUCAUAUGUUCCUGAUACAUCAUAUGUAUCUUUUUCCCCCCUGCCAUAUAAAUGUUCAAAAGCAUCUUUGUAGCAAAGACU